GCUUGUAAACUGUGCUUGUCGCUUCCUAUGACUCGAUGCAGAAGGAAGGAUGCAUGGAGGAUUUCUGAGAAAUUUCUGUUAAUAUUUGUGCAUAAAUUAUGAUAAUGGAAGAUACAAAAGAUGCGUUUGUGUUCAAAGGUGUUGCUGAGAGGCUCACCCUCGGAAUUACUCGAAUACUCGAAAACAUGCCAGGGGUGGUGGAUGUGCGCUUCGCAGAGAGAGACCCUGCAGAAAAGAGGACCCUCCUGUCCUGGGAGCAGAAAAACACGUGUAUUUUACCAGAGGAUUUGCGAGACUUCUAUCUGACCACUGAUGGAUUCACAUUAACCUGGAGUGUUAAACUGGACGAUGAGUGUGUCCCUUUAGGUUGCAUGAUGAUCAACGGUGUGGGCAGGCUGUGCCCGCUGCUUCAGCCCACGUCUGUUUUCUCUCUCCCUAACGCCCCCUCGCUGGCCGACCUGGACUGGGAGGAGAGCAGCUCAGAAAUUGGACUGGAGCCUGCACCGUCUGUGCCUCAUUUUGAUGCCCGGAGUCGUAUUUAUGAGCUGGAUUCCUGCGGCGGGAAUGGAAAAGUGUGUCUGGUUUACAAAAACUGCACUCCAGGAGUGGUCGCACAGCACAGUGAAAUCUGGUUCCUGGACCGCUCACUGUGCUGGCAUUUUUUGACUGCAACAUUUACUGCCUACUACAGACUGAUGAUAACACACCUGGGCCUACCUGAGUGGCAGUAUGCCUACACACCAUAUGGUCCAAGCCCGCAGGCUAAGCAGUGGGCGUCCCUCUACCAGCCCCUGAUUUUCAGCAAUGAGGUUAGCCAGACGGAUUCGGCUGCAGAUGUCUUUCUAAACAAGCUGGAUCCCACAAAGGCCUUCAGAGGCAAAGCCAAGGCACCGCCCCCCAAGAAGAAGCAGUCGGCCCAGUGCAACUCUGGAGGCGCUGCUAAAGGGCAAGGCAGCGCAGGAAGACACGGUGGAGCAAAACGGUGAAACCAAUCCGAUCUGGAGAGAGACGUUUGCUGCUGUGCAGCUUUCUUUUUGUCUGUUUCACCACCACAUCUUAAAAAGACUGAUCUGCUGUCGUCUGCUUGCUUGAACGCAGGUUUUUGUAACACAAGAGCACGUUGUGGAGCAUGCGUAGUCCAUAACCAGGAUUUAAAUGGCCUCGCCUGUGUUCAGUUUGGUAUUUACGAGAUGUUGUGUUGGAUGUGGACGGAUUUAAAACUUUACCAGAAAACGAAUCCUUCUGAGCUAACCUUGGGCCAGUCGCUGGUUUCAAGGUAUACAAAGAUUUUGCAAAAAAAUCUCAUACCACCCUUUGUGUUUUGUUUUUUCAUGCUGUUGCAAAAAUAAAUAAAUAUCUGAGACAAGUAUACCACCCAUCACCAGCUAAUAUUAGACAUUUAGCUUGAAUGCAAAAGGUAAUAGAAAUGUGUGCAAUAACCACUGGAAAACUGCUGCUGUCGUUAUUUUAUAUUGUUUUUCUUAUUUAUAAUGUAUAGAAAUUGACAUAGCAAUUAAAUGUAACUUUCAAUGUAUACAAGAUUGUUAUAACUUUAGAAGCAAUAUGUCAAUAAUGCUGCAGAAAUUAUGAUUGUCUCCUAUGUUUUGAAUAAAAUGACUAAUUAUUGUUACA